CCACUCUGAUGAUUAAAGGGCCAACUGAGCCGCUUCUGGAGGGAGAAYCGGUCACUCUGGAAUGCCUCUUCACAGAUUCUGAUCUCAAUGUCACCCAGGUCCACUUUGAGUACCAACAUCCACAUUAUGGUGCUUGGCGUAGAGUUUGGGGAUCAUCACUGAGGCGUUGGUAUUGCUACUCAGAAGACUGGCCAGAAACCUUGGAGAACACCGGGUUCCUGCAUAUUUCCAAUCCAAUGAUGUACUCUGGAGUGGCCUUCCGCUGCGUGUCGGACAAUGAAAAUGUGACGGCGCCAGACAACGCCUCAGAACCGCUGACCUUCAAAGUCCAGUAUUUGAGGGAGCCGCUGCUGUAUAUGGAAGGCUACAGCAGGUACCUGGGUGCCCCGGGGGAGGUGAAGGUGCGACUUGGCGAUGACGUGACGGUGAGGUGCUCCGCCAGCGCGUCAGAGGAGCCCAACUACUUCUGGCAGAAAGAGGGUGGUGACUGGAUCUUGCCUUCCUCUACACUGACACUGAAGAAGGUGAGUGCGGAGGAUGAAGGACAGUACACUUGCACGGUUGAGCAUCCUUCGGUGGAGUCCCUCAGCAAGAAGCGCACCAUCCGUGUAAACCUUCUGCCCGAGGACGCCGCCUGGUACGAGACUACAAAUGGACGUCUCUGGUUGACGACCUCGGCUACGGUGGUGUCUCUCCUYGUGUUCAUCCUCUCCCUGACUGUGUUCCUGUGCCGCAGGGCCAAGCGGGUCAGGACCAGCAAGGGACCCAUUGAUGACCGCUCUCAGAAAAAGCCCAUCUACAAAACGAGUGUGGAGUCUCUUCCCUCCACCUGCGCUGACAGCCAGCCCCUGGUGUGACGGCAUAAGCGGGUGGGAAGAUGAGAGUAAAGGUGGGAGGAGGAGGAGGAGGAGGAGGUUGGAGCAAGGAGCGAGAAAGAUGGGAGUGAGUGACCAAAGAAUGAGAGAGAUACAUGUGUCAAAAGGGAGGGAGGUAAAAAAAAAAAAACAGGGGGAGAGAAUUUCGAAGAGUGCGUUGAAAGUAAAAUCCAAAUCAGGAACAAGCUGGGUGUAUAAAAUAAUACUGAAUGAUUGCUUUUAAAGAUGCAGAAGCAGUUUUGCCUGUAAGUGUAGGCUGCAGUUCCACAUCUUGAACAGAAAAAAAGGUUUGGCAAUUUUCUUUUCAUUUACGCUGCAGCGUGGAAAAAAAACUGGCGAGCUACAUUCUUAGCAACAUGAUAAUAAAGAAACUACGGAGCCCGGGAGGGGACAUGGGAGAUUUUUUUUCUUUUGCGUUCCCUCGCGAUACCUUUUGCAUUACCUCACAAUAUCUUUGC